AUGGUUAAUCAGUUAAAAGAAGCUUUUAAUUCAAUUAAAAGAUGGUUUAAAGUUGAAGCAAACCCUCAACCAAUUGAUCAACCAAACCCUGAAGCUGAUAGGCAAAAUGCUGAUGAUGACGAUGAUCAACAAAUUGAUCAACCAAACCCUGAAGCUGAUAGGCAAAAUGCUGAUGAUGACGAUGAUCAACAAAUUGAUCAACCAAACCCUGAAGCUGAUAGGCAAAAUGCUGAUGAUGACGAUGAUCAACAAAUUGAUCAACCAAACCCUGAAGCUGAUAGGCAAAAUGCUGAUGAUGACGAUGCAGCACCAGCAAUAGUACAAUUGACUUGCGAAACUUGUGGUGCAUUACUCGAAAUCCCCAAACCACCAAAUUCAGUAAAAAGGAUCAACACACUUAUUAUUGAUGGUAUUAAAGACUUAGCAACAAAGAUUGAAGUCCAUUUCCAGGACUAUUCCUUUUUUUACUUAAUUUUAAUCGGUUUGAUUCAUUUUAUUUCUGCCUGUUUUGCCAUUGCAUUACGUACGAUCAACUAUAAUUUAAAAGCCAAGCUUUUAGAGAAAGUCGAACUUGAUUUUCAACAAGGAUUAACAGAUGUCACAGUUGAAGUGGCAGCUGAAGCGUUAUAUGACAGGAUUAGGUUAACCGUAUUAAAAGCCAAAGUAAAAAUCCUCCAAUACUAUUUAGAACAGAUACUUUUGGAGGAAAAGUUUAGAUUCGGAACCUACUAUGGAUUGUAUUCCUAUACUUUCAUAAUGCACCGUAUUACGAUGACAUUUCUUAUCAUCAUUAUAUAUGCUAAAGGAAGUAACAUGUCCAAUUGGAAAUUAUUUUAUUUGACAGUACUUAUAGUUUAUUGUUUUACAGUGCAAGCGUUCUGUGCUUCAGAGAAGCCAAACGAAAUAUUAAACAAAUUUAUUCAAGGUAACACUAAUAUUCAAUAA